AUGAAUUUCUAUUCCAUUUUCCUUCUCAUCCUUCUCUCCCUAUUUUCCAUCCAAGUCACUGCCGAACCCCCUCGUUGUCAAAGUGAGAAUCAAUGCAAAACGGAUUCAGUUUGUGAUGAUGGACACUGUCUUACUGUUGAUGAGAUGUUCGAGAAGUAUGGAAAAGGAAAGAUUUGA